AUGGUGAUGCAACGGCACGUACAAUUGCAACAUGCUGGUACAAAUCAGUUGAUAGCUGACAUUCGUACAAGAUAUUGGAUCAUCGGAAGUCGCCGCUUAGUGAGGUCUGUUAUUUCAAAUUGUGUGAUAUGCAUGAGAUAUAGAUCCCAGCCCUUACAAGCACCUGCUGCACCUCUUCCAAAUGAGCGCAUGGCAUGCAAUGCACCUUUUCAAAAUACUGGUGUUGACUUGGCUGGUCCUUUAUAUUUACGAAAUGGAGAAAAGUGCUGGAUAGUGCUCUACACUUGCGCAGUAUAUCGUGCAGUGCACCUCGAGUUAACCAGGUCAUUGUCGACAGAAGCAUUUAUGAUGACGCUUCGCCGAUUUAUAGCACGUCGGGGUAGAGUAGACAUGUUAGUCUCAGAUCAAGGAAGUAAUUUUAUAGGGACUAAAAAUCUACUUACAAAUCUCGAUUGGGAGGAGAUUCAGAGACAAUCAACAAUUCGACGCAUUGCUUGGAAAAUGAACGUACCCACUGCCGCUUGGUGGGGAGGGUAUUGGGAACGUCUCAUUAGAAUAAUGAAGGAUUUGCUAAAACGUGUAUUGGGUAAAGCAUCAGUUUCGUAUGAUGAGUUACAAACUCUAAUUUGUGAUUGUGAGGCUAUUAUGAAUGGACGGCCACUGACAUACAUAAAUAAUGAUAAUGGUGAAUAUUUGGAACCAUUGACACCCGCAUUAUUUAUACAACCGUUACCUAAGACAGAUGUAACCGAUUUAGAUAUAGUCGAUAACACAUCGUUAAAUCGCCGUCUAAAAUAUUUGCAAAAUUUGAGAGAACAGUUUAGACAACGAUUUAAGUCUGAAUAUUUAACUGUGUUAGUUCAAAAGGGAAAGGAAAAGAAAGAUAUAUUAAAGAUUGGAGAUAUUGUAUUAGUAGAAAAUGAAGAGAAAAGGAUAAAAUGGCCUUUGGGUAUUGUAGAACAGCUUAUCCAGGGUAAGGAUGGAGUAGAAAGGUUAGCACGAGUUCGAACAUCUCUUGGAACCAAGAUGAGGCCAGUACAAAGACUCUACAAGCUUGAGGUCCAUAAAGAUAAUGAAUUUCCUGACUUAAACAAUACUCCGAAUAUUUCCACCGAUUUACCGCCAUCUGGUGAGUUAUCAACUUCUUCUGAUCUGUCGUCAAAAAAUAAGCAACUUGUAACACGUAGUGGCCGAAUUUCGAAAAUACCUAGCAAAUUAAAGAUAUAUCAUGUUUAA